ACAAUCGUUAUCUACUGCACUAUUCUUUCCUGUCGCUCCUCAUCCCGGAACCGACCUUUCGACUCCGGCAUUGACGCACCAUAUCCACCGGUGAUCCUGUUUUCCGGCCCGGCGGUAUCGUGGCCAGGCUGCUCGUCGCGUCAUUCAACCCGAACCCUUCUGUCCAUUUUCGUGGUACUAUAGAUUUUAUUUAUCGUAGAAGAUUCGCUUAACCGCCGAGACCUCUCUUUAAUCUUCCUCCUGGCCGGUUGAAUAGAGCCGUCAUGGCUCAGUCGACUGGUAAUCUUGUCGACCAGAUCGCCCAGCUCAACGCUGCCCGAACUCUCGUUCUGGGUGAUUCCGCAUUCUACCCACAGAUUGUGAAUGGUGUUCUUCCUAUAAUUGGUGCGCGAUCGCGAUUGGAAUUACGACGAUGGGGCGCAGAAUUCUUAGCGGAGACCUUCUCCAGCCCGGCGCUGGCUCCGGCUCAGAAGGAGCAGCUAGCUGCGACUGCAUUGCAGACACUACGAGAGACGUUGGAGUUGCCGGAAAAGGAUACUGUGACUUUGAAACAUAUAGUGGAAGCUGCGGCCAGUUUAUAUCCCCUGGUGUUUAGGCAUAUCAUCAACCACCCUGAAGACUCCACAGUUUGGGAGAAUAUGACCGCUAUUAAGGAUGAUAUACUCCGGAGAUGGGAUACGUCCCCAUUUUCGGUCAAAGUAUGCUGUAUCAAGUUUGUACAGCGGGUGGUUCAAGUCCAGACCCACGGUCUAACGGACCCUAGACGGCCGGAGCAAAAUGAAACGUCCUUGGCCAUUGUUCCUAGAAAUCAUUCCCUCCUCUCCCUACCAUAUCUAGAAGCCGAGGCGUCGGGCCUCUUGGAUAGAUUGCUAUCCGUCUUUCAGGAAGAUGCAAGCGACCCCCUCCUAGUGAAUGCGACGUUGAACAGCCUAGCGAUCCUGAUUCGAACCCGACAGUCCAUCGGUAACAAGAUUAUCAAUGCGAUUCUAAGCUUUGUUCCCGCAAGACAAGCACGCACCCCGGUGACGCCUGCGGUUCGUGUUGGCGUCAAGUCGAUGGAGCGUACAGCUAGGGCCUUGAUGAUCAAUAUAAUGAAGAGAAACCCCAGUCAUCCCCUCGCAAGCAAAAUGCAGCAGCAUAUAGAGCGCUUGAUGCAGUCGCGCAUAGAAACCGUUGACGAUAGCUCGAAAAAGCGUGGCCUGCCGAUCGAGCCAACGGAUGGUUUGGACAAUUCCAAGCGGGCAAAACUGGACGCCGAAUCUCCUCCACUGAUCAAGGUGUCGCCGCUUCCUCCGGGCCCUGUCAGUUAUUCGCAGCUCUAUACGUUAACCGACGACACUGGGCUUUCCUCCUUUGAUGUGAAGCAGCUACCGGUUGACCUUCUAGUCAAGAUUGUGGUUCCUGUUUUAGCUCGGGUAGACCAGUCUGUCCUGCAGCAGGCCGUUGAUGGUGUACGAAUGCGGUAUCAGACACUCCAGAAGCAACAAGCUGCGCAGCCUCCACCGGCAACAGGUGAAGAAGAAGACGAUGACUAUGAGCCCGAAUACCAACCUAUGGACGUUGCCGAACCGGCGGCAGAGCAGGAAGAUGCGCUGUCGGCUGAACCGGUCGAUCUUCAGCCCGAUCUAGUGUCACUCGGUCCGUUUGUGCUCCCGCAACCUCCCCCGCUAUCGGAAAACGAGGCGGCAGAGAUUGGCCGAAGCGCCGUGGGGCGAGUGUUUGACAUGCUGGCAUCGAGCGGUGUGGCACCAAAUACAGGAAAAGGAAAGGGCCAGCAACACCUAGGUUUCUCGAGGCUGGCUGGCAGCACCUUUGAUCGGGACGCCUGGGUAACGUUGCUCACCCGACUCGCGACGCGGGCGCCUGCUGGAUUAGAGGUAGACAACAAGAAGAACGAUCAAGACCCGUCGUCGAAGAGAUCGACAAUAUCUGAUUCUAUACGCGAAACAUUGUAUCGAUAUAUACUCGAAGAUUUCAGGGGCCGAGUAAAUGUUGGAAUCAUGUGGCUGAACGAGGAAUGGUACAAUGACCGAAUUCAAAUGAAAUUUACCGCGUCCCAACGAGCCGAGGAAGAUGAGGAAUCGUCGGUGCCAUUACACUACGACCAGUGGUCACUGCGGCUUCUGGACGGAUUUUUGCCAUAUUUGGAUUCUCGGGACACCAAGAUCUUUAUCCGGUUCCUCAGCGAGAUUCCAGAAGUAACUAUUCCCAUCACAAAACGGGUAGCCAGUCUCGCAAAAGACCCCGAGAGAGUGAAUCUCUGCAUCCAAUCCUUACUGUAUUUGAUUAUGUUCCGGCCCCCGGCGCGAGAAAUGUGUCUCAAUGCCGUAGAGGAUGUUUACCAGACAUACGAGGAAUCACGACCCGCCGCUGGUAAAGUUCUAGCCAGAUGGCGUCCGCAGAGCACAGCCGUACAGCAAGCACAGCCCGAACAACAAUCUACCUUGGUGAGCCGUACAGUUGAAUCAGAGAACAACACUCCCGUCGCAAACGGUGCUUAGGCACCAAAUCCCAGCCAACACACCCGCCCAGAAACCAUAGUCACAAACAUAAUCCAAACCGUCAAUACCUCGUCCCCCGGCAUCCCUACACCCAAAGGCCUGUCAAAUUACAAUUGAAAAUAAACCGAAGCGAGCGAGAAGUCUUGACCGUACUUUUAUUAGGAUUGAUAGAUGAUGUCACGUCUAGUUUGGGCAGAGAUCCAAUUCUGUUUCGCAUACACAGAUAGCAAUUAGUCAUCGCUUUACUAAAUGAUUGGGCAUACUUACAGCGGAAAUGCAAUGCACCUGCUAUGGUUCCAUCCAUGUACUGAAUAUCAAUCUAGUAUAGGUUGUCUGGUUCUGUGUUUUCUUUCGCCAUUUAGGACUACCAUUCAUCCCGAUAGAUUGCUUAUUUAACCGUGUGUCAUACCUUGGAUGCUAUAUGGAUAUCUAGCCAGGUUCUAUUAGAUUAUGUGGUAGUGUUGCAUAGUCAUGUUGAGAGUGUAU